AUGAAUCGAAUUUUCGGAACUGGUAAGAAAGUACCUCCACCAGAUCUCAGCAAUGCUAUCUCGAAUGUUGAAUCUCGAAGCGACAGCAUCGACAAGAAGAUUCAGAAAUUAGAUCAAGAUUUGCUUAAAUUGAAAGAUCAAAUGUCAAAAAUGCGUGAGGGUCCAAGCAAGAACUUGAUCAAGCAAAAAGCAUUGCGUAUUUUGAAACAAAAAAGAAUGUAUGAAAACCAAAAAGGACAAUUGGAUCAACAAUGUUUCAAUAUGGAUCAAAGCAACUUUGCUAUUCAAGGAAUGAAAGAUAAUCAAGUGAGUUAUAUUUUUAUACUGCCUCCAUGGAGAAUUAAUGUAAUUAUAAAAUCUAGGUAACUGUUGCUGCAAUGAAAGAAGGACUCAAAACAAUGCAAAAAGAAUACAAGAAAAUGAACAUUGAUAAAAUUGAAGAUUUGCAAGAUCAAAUGGAAGAUAUGCUUGAUAUGAAUAAUGAAAUUCAAGAAGCAAUGAGCAGACAAUAUGAUACACCAGAUGUGAGUAAAAAAUCUUGAAGUUAGCCGAAAUCAAUUUUUUGAAUUUCAGAUCGAUGAAGCUGAUUUGGAAGCUGAAUUAGCAGCAUUGGGAGAUGAGUUAGAUAUUGGAGAAACUGACACAAAUUAUUUGGAUGAGGCUUUAGCUGCUCCAGGAGUUCCAAGCGAAAAACCAAAACAAAGAGUGAGUAAUUUUAUAUUUUCUUACUAGGGAAGUUAGGAAAAAUUAAUCCCGAAUCUCACGUUUUUGACAACCGGAAACAUAAAAAUAAAAAUCAAGAAAUAAAAAAUAAAUGUUUCAAAUAGUCAUGGGUUCACGUAAAUAUUAAAUAGUUAUCCAGAAAAUUUUUCAAAUUUGCAUAAUUUUUCAGAUCGCCGAAGGUUUGGAAGUUGACGAAUUUGGAUUGCCAAAACUUCCCGCCUAA